AUGAAAGAGGCCGAGAGAGCAGGGGGCCAAGUCGAGCCUGUCGUUUUUGAGUUUGACGACAACUAUGUUCAACCACCAGAAGGUCCCUUUUACGAUGAAACUGCUGACCUUAUCAUUGAAGAUGAUGUUGAGGUGCAGCUGCCAGCUCACGAGGAAGACGAGCUAGACAAUGGCGGCACGGGCGUCGGGAGCUCAGGGCAACCCUUUGACUCUGCGAUGGAGACGGUCCUCUGGAUGAAUUCAGCUGGUGCGGGAGGUACCAAGCUGCCUAACCGGGCAAGGAACGAGUGGUUGAAGCUCAUGAAGGACGACCGCUACCGCUUGGAGGAGUGCUUGGCAAAGUGGAAGUCUCACCGAGAUAUGGAGCUGACAAUCAUGAAAGCUGCCGUUGGUGAUGGCUCCAGGAUUGUCAACUUGCAGAGGGCAGGCAAGGACCCCGAACCAAUCCUACUGUCCUACAUGCCAGCCCUCGAUCUCAUCCGCAAGAUGUUCGCCGACGUGAACAACAAGAAGGGGUUUGUUCUCGAGCCUCAGGUGGACAACGAUCCCGCAUUUGUUGGCAAACACAUCAUCGUCCCAAUCAUCGUCUACCUAGACAAGACCACCUUGGACGGGCUCGGGCGGGUGUCGGCUUACCCCAUGUACAUAUCGUUGGGCAACUUCUCUUGGGAGGUGUACAACCAGAAGAGCGGCAUGCAACUGGUCGCUCUGCUCCCCAGCGUUCGAGGUGACGCUGACUGGCCCGGGCCUGGCUACAAACCCCGAUCAGAGGGGUUGAAGGAGACCUGCCGGUUCUUCAUGAACUGGUCCAUGAGCAUUGUCUUCGAAACCACUCGGGAAGCGUCCUACACGGGGUUUCAGGUGACGGACCCUAACGGCGCACAGCACAACGCUGUUCCUUUCAUCUAUGUGAUCUCCAAAGAUCUCGGCGAGGCUUCAUCAAUCUCGGGGGUAAGGUCCAACUCUUGCGACUCCUGCCUGGUCCCAACAACCGAGAUGCACUUGGUGACUCGGGCGAACCAAGGUGCGUACGACGCGCGGUUAGAGGACGACAUGUGGGGGGUCGUCCAACAGAUGCAGCGGAAGCGCGACGAGAGGGCGCCCCAUGCAAGGAUCCUGGAGCUCAACAAGGAGCAUGGCAUCCACUUUUCGGAGCCGUGGUUUUGGGAGUGGAACUACUCGGACCGCUUCUGGAACAACGUCUACAGCAAGAUGGCCCCUGACGAUCUUCAUACCAUCUUUGGUGGCAUCCUCGGCCACCACUUCAUCGGGAUCCUUGGGGCGGUCGGGAGGGCCUUGCCGAUGGGGGAACCCGCGUUCAUGAGUUUCAUGGACGUGCGGUUGCAUCAGGUGUACCUGAAAUACCGGCCAAGCGGCCUGCGUCUCCCCUCCAAGAAGGACUUCUUCACCAAGCCCUGCAACACGCCGGCGUACGAGUGGAAAGCGAUCCUGCAGGUUCUCCCUCUAAUGGUGGUCGGAAUCUGUAAGAUUCGCAGCAAGGACGUUCUUGCGGAUUGGAACAACACCCUCGCAAUAGAGUCCGUCGAGGCCCAGCGGGCGGAGCUGACGGAGUUGCAGAGGCGGGAUGUGUACGACUCAGCUGCUCUUGCUGCGCUGGAUGCCAACUCGACCGGUGGAGAGAACCGGUUGAACAAGACCGAGCUGUUCACAAUCUUCAUCCCAAACCUGUUGGUUUCGCCUGACCGAGCGAAUGACCUCCUCGUUCGAGGCUGGGAGCAACGCCGCCUACUCCUCCAGUGGAUGCGCAGCAUCCCCCUUCUGUCGGAGCUCCCCACAGCUCUCGCUCUGUACUUCGCCGGGGAGGCGCAAUUGCCGCCGGCCCAGCUUCGCGGUUUGGACCUUAUGGGUUACCUCGACGACAAACUCGCUGAUCGUAUUGAGGUGGUCAACUCGUGCUACGUGGUACCGCAUGUUGGAGGCCGAGACCGGCUUCAGCAGGCGAGAGCGAGCGCCGACUUCCACGGGAGCGUGGUCCUCAGCGACUUGGCCUUCGCGUCCGACUCUCCAGACGACCCGGUGAACCACACGUGGUACGGGAAGGCCCAUAUGUUUUUCAGAGCGUUCGAGCGGAAGUCCGUGUGGGAUAAUGCUUUGAGGCGAAGGGUACCUACCAAGGUGCCGCACGAGCUGGUGUUCGUGCGAUGGUAUAACGAGGUUGGUUUCUUGGAUGCUACAAAGUGUCCGCAAUUAGAGUGGGCUCGGAUGCCGGGGCGACCAGAAGGCACGCCUUAUUGCCAGGUUCUCUCCAUCAGUAGCAUCAAGUCGGUAGAAAUGAUGGUUCCCAAGCACACGUUCACGCAUAACAAACGUCUAGUGUACAGAAACCUCUACUUUAGAUGA